UGUGUCUACUGCAUUGUGGUUGUUUUUAUUGCAGCUGUGGAGGGCUCUCGGCCGUUAAGACGAGUAAAGCGGAUUAUUGGUGGUCAUCCGGUGCUUAAAGGAGCUUACCCCUGGGCGGUGUCAAUACAGGCGAGGCGCUACCAUGGUCUAAACGCCGUGUUCAGACCAAACAACGAACACUACUGCGGGGCUGCUCUGAUCAAGCCUGAUUGGAUCGUCACUGCAGCUCACUGCUUGUACACAGAAGAUGACAACGGGAACUUGGAGAGUCCAUUACUCAGCGUAGGAUAUACAUGUGAGAUGGCUCAUUGUUUAGAGCCUGGAUUUACCGACCGAAAGCCGGGAGUGUUCGAACGUGUCAAAGGAUUGUUUCGUCGAGCAUUCAAUGCGAUUUUCGGAUACGUGAAACUUCAACCCUACUACCACGUGAAAAAGAUCUUUCAUCACCCGAAUUACCGACCAGGUGACCUGGAGUAUGACAUUGCACUCUUCCAGCUGAAAGAAGAACCUGUGUUGCGAAAAAUCGCGGGUUUGGGAUUGGUUGAACUUCCCGAUCCAAUGUGGGGUGACAGAUGGCCGGCUGCCGGGCAAACUUGCAUUGCAGUGGGCUGGGGAUGCAGUUUUGCCGAAGGUCCUCCUUCCAUGAAGGGUCAAUUCAUCGAACUGCCUGUUCUGUCCCCCAGUGUCUGUCGUCGUAUGUACUCGGCCUACAUCAAUUUGACCACAACACAUGAAUUCUGUGCCGGGUACCACAAUGGGAACAAGGGGAUUUGUCCCGGUGACAGCGGUGGACCUUUGGUCUGCCAGGCCAUCGAUGGGGAGAUGAAGUUGGCCGGAGUUGUGUCUGCCACUCAUUCGAAACAACCAGCUGAUUUUCCGGCAAUUUUCACACGAGUUUCCUACUUCACCGAUUGGAUCAAUUCAGUCAUUGAAAACAAUCCGCACGAACAACAAAGUAACCUGUUCUCGUUCCUGCAUCUGCACAACUAAAUCAGAGUUGUUGAACACCCGGAAUCUCCCGUGUCCGCGGACUGUUGAACAAUGUUCCCAAACGUGACCAACCAUGAGUUUUAUGUCAUUCCAACCGUUUUCCUCAGGCGUCUUCAAUGUAACAGACGCAUGAUAACUCAUCGAUUAAGCACAAAUUAGCUAGCUAGCAUUAUAUCAAGCAGGGUGGGGAACAUUUUGAAUGUCCACGAAAAAACUUGGGAGUGAAUGAUGCGAAUGAAAUAACAAGAGAAUAGCCGAAAGCAUUAUCACAAUUCUCCCAUUCAGUAUGAAAAAUUUUUGCCUCACCUAUGAUUGAUUGAUGUGUGUCAUUGAUUAUUUUCAGUGUAUCAAAUUCUUAAACACCAAGUGUUUGGAUCAUUUCCGACAGCAUCUCACGAAUUCAAGUUAAUGUGUGUGACCGGACCGAUUGUACGUUCUAGUUUGCCUCAUAAUUGUACUCGUCCGACGCUUUGUAUGAUCGCUUCAUCUGUUACUGUCAAAUUUUGUGUAUCAUGGCUGAGGAACCCGCAUAAACCGUUUGACGAAACACAAGUUGUUAAUGGAAUACAGGAGUCAAUGUGCAUGGAAAAUAGCCGUUACACCGAACCGUCCAAGACCUCACGAGUUGUUGAACAGAACAUACCGUUUGUCAGAGUUUGCAAACACAACUAUUUGUGGAAAUCUAAAAGGAGCAAUCUGGGUUUUAGACCCUUUGUUUAAUUUUCAUGUUGAGGACAGGACACGGAAUAUCUUCAGCAAACUAGUAUCCUGCAUUCCACACAUUCUUACAAACGUGUUUUUAAGGUGCGUCAUAUCACAUGAUGAUUAACGCCCGUUGAAUCAGUAAAUUCUCGGUUUCGCUGUCCUCAGCGCAGAGAUGCUCCCCGCGGUCACAGCAACAAGUGUUGCGAGUUGCAUAUGCCAGUCGACUUUCAAAUUGCCUCGGAUGGGCGGAACCCUAUAUAAUUGGCGUUAUCCCGUGUGUCAUCGCAAGUCAUGCAGACGGAUGAAACGGUCAGCCACGUGGUCGUCUUGUUUCCACUUGUCAAGAACCACCCUUUCGUAGAACCUAUCUGACGGAAACAAAGUACUUUCAACCCGGAGACUUCACUUCCGUUGUAAAAAACAAUGGGAACCGCCAGAACCGUGUGC